AUGGGCAAUUCGGCUACCAAAGAGCAAAGGCCUCAUCUUGCACGCCAACGGUCAGCUGAUGCCCGAUCAGUCUCCUCUCCCGCCGGCUCUGGCCCAAGCUCACCAUCUUAUCCGCCCUCUUUAGACCGCCCUUCACAUCCGGUUUACAAUGUGCGGACGGGUAGGGGCAGUCGACCUGACCUGUCAACAUUGCUUGGAAUGAGAGGCAAUGCAGUCUCUGACACUUCCAGUCUGGAGACUCGCAGAGAGACCAAGCAAGAGAGGGAGGCAAGAAAGUUGGAGAAAGAGAGGGUGGCGAGGGAGAAGGAGCGUGAACGGAGCAUGCGUGAAGAGAGUGUUGAUGGAGGCUAUCUUGUCACCCAGGGUGUCUACACAGGAAUAGAGGACUACACUAAGGGUGUCGUACGGCAACUGAUGAUUGAACGACGAAUAGCACCAUUUUGGAGGGGUUUGAAUGAUCACUCUGACUCAUGGACAGAGAAUCAGCUCGUUGCUGCUGCCAGAGGACGACCCAUCCCUGCCCCGGAUGAAAUACCAGUUGAAGAAGAGCCUAAGCCGAUGUCCAAGGCUGAAUCGGAAACAAAGUCGUCGGACACGAACAUUAAUAAUUUGACUGUGCCAAUAACUUCGAGAUCUCAGUCACUCAACUCAGACACGUCCUCGAACCUUUCACCAUCCCAACCCUCAUUUUCGCCGGGAGUUUUGAACGCGCCUCAACCUUCGCCAUCUUCCGGAUCUACAUUGUUCAGAGGCCGUGCGAAAACAUUGGCGGCUCUCACGACCGCCCCGAAGAACUCUCAAGCCGAUAUGACGCCUCGUGAAAUAAACCUGCCAAGAGAUCCCUACGUUGCUGGUCAGCCUCUCGAAGCGUACAUGUAUAAAGACGCUUCUGAAUGCCCAAUCUGCUUUCUAUAUUAUCCUCCGUACCUGAACAAGACUCGAUGCUGCGAUCAGGCCAUUUGCUCCGAAUGCUUCGUACAGAUCAAACGCCCAGAUCCCCAUCCUCCAGAACACGCAGAUCCGACGGCUCCGCAACCCACGCUAGCUGAAAAUGCCAAUGCAGAAGUGGUCAAUCCCGAGGAAUUGAUAUCUGAACCAGCUGCUUGUCCAUUCUGCGUUCAGCCUGAAUUUGGUGUCACCUACCUUUCGCCGCCUUUCCGUAGAGGACUGUCGUACGUCAAUCAAGCGUCAAACCAUCCUUUGGCCAACAGAUCUUCCGCCAUGUCCUCCGAAUCUUCACUGGGUUCAGUCUUGAGUAACGGAGGACGUAUGUCGCCAACGAACGCUACACGUCGGAGAACGACAUCAGUCUCCGCUACCUCUCCCUCCGUCAUCACAACCGAUAGGGUACGCCCAGACUGGCAUCAGAAGCUGGCUGCGGCUAGAGCUCAUACGGCUCGGCGAUCUGCAGCUGCCACAGCUCUACAUACUGCUGCUUAUUUGAUGGGCAAUCGUGGUCAAGAAAAUGAUGGUCGAGCUCCGGGUCCUUUUGGCAGGCGUGGCAUCCUGCGACGGACCAGUGGCGCGGACAAUCCUGGGACCAGCUCUGCGCACUUGAAUAUGUUGGCACUGAUGUCUGAGCGCUAUGCAGCAUCAGGUGCUGCCAGAGACGAUGAAGGCGAACCGUCAAUGACGCCCGGGCCUCGUGGAAGCUCCAGAAGAAACAGAAUGGAAGAUUUGGAAGAAAUGAUGAUGAUGGAAGCUAUACGGCUGAGUCUUGCGUCAGAGGAGGAUAGACGGAAAAGGGAAGACAAAGAUGCCCAAAAGAAGGCCAAAAAGAAGGAUAAGGAAGACAAGAAGGCCGAAAAGAAGGCCAGAAAGACGGGUGUGUAUCCGAGCAGCGCCAAUGCGAGCGCUGCAGGGCUUGGAGGCAGUUCCAGCGAGGUUUUCGUUGGUGGGACGGAGUCCUCCCCGUACUCUGCAAAAGGAAAGGGCGUCCAGCAGACAGAGUCUGAGCAACCAAAUGCACGAGCUAUGAAUGCUAUGUCUUCGUCCACGGCGGCAGAUCCUCAGGAACAUCUUGAGCGCGCUCGGGCGCAGAUACUUCCCAGCGAUGCUCCACCUUUCUCCUCUCCUUACUCUUCAUCACCAUACCGACCAUCGCAUCUACGGACUCUCUCAAAUGCCUCAUCCUCAACCUCAUCUAUUGAUGGUUCUGCUCCUGGGUCCUUGAAGAGUGACAUCAAGGGACAAGGAUCCUCAUUUGAUGUUUCACCCAGCGCAAGUGGUGUCAAUAUACCUUCAGCGGCUUCGGCCCAAGACACUUACAUCUCAGGCACGCCUCCUGGUGGUGGAGCAGGCAUGGAGCCCAUGUUCAACUUUCGUAGCCUCGCUGCAAUGGUUGGAGAAGAAAAAUCAAAGGAUAUCAUGCAUGAGGAAAAUCCUGGCCAGGCGUAUGGUCGGCCGAGAGGAGAAAGCUCCAGCAGUAUGACUGAUAGGGUCGACCAAGAGGAAGGAACCUCAACAGAGAUACACGAUGGGUCUGGCUCGCAAUCAACGGGACCAUUUCAACCCCCCAUACUUGGCGAGGGACUACCUGCCUUCAAGCUUACAGCCGCUUCUCGGGGCAAUUCCGACUUCGACAAGGCAGGCCAGCAAGUCGAAUACGCAGAACUUAAUGAUGCAGCUGUGGUACAGGAACGAUCCCAGACCUCAACAUGA